AUGAAGACUUAUUCUCGUAAAAAUUCUAGUUAUUUAAAAAAAGCAUUCAUUGCGAGUAAUUUUAAUGAAAUGUGCAGGCUUUGCUUGUCUGAAGUCGACAUGGUUUUAUUACCGAUUAUACAAGACAAUAAAAUUUCAUACCAAGAGCGAAUACACUACAGUGUUGAUGUUGAAGAAGGCGAUGGAUUACCACCAAACAUUUGUGAAGAAUGUUUAGCCAUGGUUGAACAAAUGUAUUUAUUUAAAAAAAAAUGUAAAUUAUCCGAUUCCAAAUUGAGGGAACAUUUAGAAAUAACCGAAUUAAAUGAAGAAUGUAAAUUAGAUAGAAUAAGUUUUAGCGAUGCAAUCGAUUCGAAUGUCUUUGAGAAUGAAAAAUCGAAUGAAAAAAAUGAAAACAAAAGCAGUUCAAUGGAUUCUGGAGGAACGGUCAAUGAUGAAACUAGUGAUGACAACCUCAAUACGAAUAACGUAGAAGAAAAUGAGAGACGAGGGAAAGCUAAAAACGAAACGAAUAAAGAUGGAGAGAUGGAGGAGACUCAAGACUUUCAAAAUUCAGUACAAAAUGAUAUAAAAAAAGAAAAAACAAUUAUUAGUGAAGUUAAAAGAUAUAUACUAAAGGGAGAAAAAUUGGAUGAUGGUCAGGAAGAUUUGACUGUGUUCGAAAUAGUUCCUUUGGAUGUAAGAAAUGAUGACCAGAAUCAAUAUUCGAAUGGUGAUGAUAAAACGACAAAUGAAGAAGAAGGAGAAGAAGAUGAAGAAAAUGGUGACAAUGUAAGUAUAAAAUCAAAUUCAGAAAAUAAAGGUGGGGAUAUAAUACGAGAAAUUUAUCAGUUGUGGGACAAUGAAGAUGAUAAGUGUGAAGAAGAAGAAGAAGAAGAAUUGGAAAAUGCAGGAGAUAAGGAAAUUUUUUUAUUUAACGUUAUUUGUAACGAUGAUGGCGGCGUAAUUGAAAUCAGUGAAAAUACUCGCGAAGAAAAAUCCGAAUCGAAACAAUCGGAAACGAAAACGCGAAAAGUUUACAGUAAUAAAAAUCACGUGGAAAUAGUCGAAAAAACAAAUUUACAGCAAGUGAAAUCAUUUAAAUGUGUCGUUUGUUCCGAUGAAUUUUACAUGUAUUCGGCGAUGAAAGAACAUUUGUCGAAAGUUCACAAAGACGUGGCAGAAGUACCCUAUUGCGAAAUAUGCGGGAAAAGUUUUACGUGCACGAACAGUUUGAAGAGACACAUGACCGUACACACGGGAGCCAAACCUUACAAGUGCAACAUUUGCGGAAGGAAAUUCAGUCAGGGUUCGAUAUUGAAAAGGCACGUGUUAACUCACGAAAAUUUAAAACCUUACAAUUGUCAUUUCUGUCAAAAAAGUUACACACAAAAAAUGAAUUUGUUGACUCAUUUGAAAAAUCACGGGUUUCGCACGGGUUCGGAAAAUUUCAGUUGUAAAUUAUGUAAUAAAUCGUUCGUGCAUCAAAGCGGUUUAUCGAGACACGUGAAAUUACACAAAGGCGUUCGAUUUUUAUGUUUGAAUUGUAAGAAAACGUUCGUCGAUGCUUCCGCAUUGGCGAGACACGUUAAAAUCAGUCACCAACAGUAA